AUGAAGUUCAAUGCCCUCUUGCCUGUUCUGCUCCUGACCCUUGCGGGUUCCUUCAAGACCGCCCUUGCGGCCGAGCUCGAGGUUGCCUCCCAGGAGGGCAGUCUCGUUUCUGCCGACGGUGGCUCCGACCAGUCCGGCUCUGUUGUGCCAUUCGGAGGUGAGGCUGGAGAGCCCAUCACGGUGACUACCACCGUCACCAUGAUCAUGUCUACGACCACCCACCACCACACUCACUACGUCACCUCCGGUGCCCUCAUCCCCAGUCAGGGUUCAGAGAUGCCGCAUCACACGGAUCACACGGAAGCCGUGAUGGUCACCGAGGUGGAGACCGAGCCGGUCACUCUUACCGUCUCUCCUUCCGAUCUCUCGACCUACACCGAGGGCGGCGGUUUCGAGACCGUCACUCCCAGCCUUAUGGCCUCGCACUCCCACAGCGAGGGCAUGGUCAUGACUGAGUCCAAUACAGGUAAUACCACCACCAACCACAGCGAUGGUACGGGCACGCUCACCAUCCAAACGAUCACCAACUCCUCCUUUUCGUACACGUUCGCUGACCCGAUGUUCUCCCCCGAAUCAGACAUCGCUACUGUCACCAUGACCAGCGAGGUUCCGGCCGACACCACCACGACCUCGACCAGGCGCACCACCAGGAGCUCUUCGGGCACUGCCAGUCCCACCGCUCCCCCGAACUCUGGCGCCGACAUCGUCCGCAUGAGCGACUUCGGUGUCCUCGCGGGUGCCAUUGUCAUCGCUGCGAUGAUCUGGUAGACAGACGAAGGGGGGGUUACCACACAGGAGGUCGUUCUGAGCCGAUUUGGACGGGCAUUCUACGCUGUGUUUGUGUGCUUUCUGAGUGUUUCUUUCUACAAGGUUUCUGGUUAGC